CAGAACAUCGCUGAAAGUAAAUCACAACAAAUCUGAGCUGCUCUCGUUCGGCUCCGAUUCCAGAGCGUUUUUCGGGUUCUCUUCGUCUGCUGAGUCGAAUGUUGGAUUAAAAUGGCAGUGAACCUGAGCAAGAACGGCGCCGUGCUCCAGGCGGCUUACGACGAGGUGGUGGACGCCAAGUCAGACACAAACUGGGCCUUGUUCACCUACGAAGGGAACAGCAACAACAUUCGUCUAGCACAAAAAGGAGACGGUGGUCUGGAGGAGAUGGUGGAGGAGCUGAGCAGUGGGAAGGUGAUGUACGCGUUCUGCCGCGUCCAGGACCCGAACUCGGGUCUGCCCAAAUACGUCCUGGUCAACUGGACAGGCGAAGGCGUGAAAGACACCCGUAAAGGAAUAUGUGGCCACCACGUGAGCUCCAUGGCCAGAUUCCUGCAGGGAGCACACGUGACCGUAAACGCGCGGGCAGAGGAUGACGUGGAACCAGCGGCCAUCUUGGCUAAAGUGGCCAAAGCAUCUGGAGCCAACUAUAACUUCCACAAGCAAACAGAGCACAGAGAUGCCCCCAGAGGACCUGUGGGCUCUGUGUAUCGUAAAAUCAACGCCAUGGAGGAAAUUCAGCAAACCAACAAGGACGACUUCUGGGACCAGGCUCAGAGGGACGAAGAGCUUCGUCAGCAGGAGGAGAAGCAGCGAGCUGAGCUGGAGCGACAGAAGCUGGAGAAGGAGAGGAUGGAGAUGGAGGAGAGGCAGGCCAAGGAGAGGGAGAGGAAAGCCAAGGAGCGAGCCCAGCAGGUCCAGCAGCAGAGGACUUAUGAGACCCAGAGAGAGGAGGAGCCGGGAAGAGCCAGGCAGCAACAGCGGCCGGGCUCUGUGUAUCGUAAAAUCAACGCCAUGGAGGAAAUUCAGCAAACCAACAAGGACGACUUCUGGGACCAGGCUCAGAGGGACGAAGAGCUUCGUCAGCAGGAGGAGAAGCAGCGAGCUGAGCUGGAGCGACAGAAGCUGGAGAAGGAGAGGAUGGAGAUGGAGGAGAGGCAGGCCAAGGAGAGGGAGAGGAAAGCCAAGGAGCGAGCCCAGCAGGUCCAGCAGCAGAGGAUUUACGAGAAACAGAGAGAAGAGGAAGAGGAGCAAGUGAGGAAGCAGCAGCUGAUGAACCAAGAGGACCAAGUGAACAAGAAGAAAACCAUAAACGCUGCUGCAUCAGUGCAGAAAGCCAACGAGGCCAAAGCUCUCAUCUCUCAGAGGUCCUUUAAUCCCAGAGACGUCUUCAAGCAGAGGGAGGAGAGUCUGGAGGCCAAGGACGCUCUGUCUCCCACGGCAUCCAGGCCUGGAAAGGUGCAGAGCUCAUUUUUCUCUCAGGGGUCCUGUGAGGUUCCUCUGGAGACCGAGGACUUGCUCUCAUGGAGGACCCACCUGUCUCCUGCCUCACCCACUGGAGACAUCUACCAAUCACCACAGGCCGCACAUCCACCUGCUCCCGCAGACGACAAUGAAUGGUCAGAUGAGUUUGAUGACGGUGGUGAAGCUGCUUCAGAAAACGAUGCAGCUCAGGAUAAUCUGUAUGAUGCACCAAGUUCAGUCAGGGACGAGAGCCUCUAUGAGAACACUCACACCGUUGGAAAUGGUGACAAUCCAUAUGAUAUGAAAGAGAACAUCUGUGCCGUAGCUCUGUACGACUACCAGGCUGAGGAUGACACUGAGAUCACCUUUGACCCUGAUGACCUCAUAACUGGGAUAGAGAUGGUAGACGAGGGUUGGUGGAAAGGCUUCGGACCCGACGGACACUAUGGCCUCUUCCCUGCAAAUUAUGUGGAGCUUGUUCGUCACCCGUCUUAGAUUUAAUCACAAAGUUGUGAUUCAGGUUACAUAUGUGAUUGUUUACUGACAUUUACUAAAUGUCCUUCUUGUAUGAACUUGAUUGUUGUACAUGACUUGAUUAAUAAACGACUAAUACUUAAA